UCGGAUGGUUCCGGACUGAGGGCAGCCUGGUGUUUUCUUACCCAGCCAGACACAUUGUGGACGUGGAUGGGAAGAGAGGCCUCUUCCGCGGUCUUACUCCUCGCCUCAUCUCAAGCACUUUAUCCACCAUCACCAGGGGAAGCAUGAAGAAGGCCUUUCCACUGGAAGACAUGGAGCAUGUUUCUAACAAGGAUGAUGUGAAGACCUCCCUUAGGAAAGUGGUGAAAGAGACGUCUCACGAGAUGAUGAUGCAGUGUGUGUCCCGGGUUGUGUCACAUCCGCUGCACGUGAUCUCUAUGCGCUGCAUGGUCCAGUUCGUAGGCCGGGAAGUCAAAUACAGCGGUGUGUUCCGUGCCAUCGGCAGGAUAUUUAAGGAAGAAGGGAUCCUGGGAUUCUUUGUCGGUUUAGUCCCUCACAUCCUGGGGGAUGUCAUCUUCCUGUGGUGCUGCAACCUCUUGGCUCACUUCAUCAACACCUAUGCGGUAGAUGAUAACUUCAGCCAGGCAUCGGUGAUCCGGAGCUACACAAAAUUCGUGAUGGGGAUCGCUGUAAGCAUGCUGACGUACCCAUUCCUUCUCGUGGGAGAUCUCAUGGCAGUGAACAACUGUGGGUUGCAUGCCGGCCUCCCUCCCUACGCUCCCGCAUUUGCGUCCUGGAUCCAUUGCUGGAGGUAUCUCAGUGCCCAGGGGCAGCUGUUCCGUGGCUCCAGCCUGCUCUUCCGCAGAGCGCCCAUGCCAGCCGCCUGCUUCCCCAUCGACUGA